AUGUUCCGCAAUCGAAAUAACACCCAGAAGCCCGAUGACGAGUUCAUCACCCGCUUCCAAAGAACAUUUGCAGAUGUCGUCCCCCGACGAGACAGCCAGGAUAUGCCGCAUGGCUCCCUCCACACCGGGACGGGUGAUCCGAUGAUGUCGGGCAGACCCAUGGGACAUGAGAUGAAAUCGGAAGAGCACGAAUUGAAGUUUACUAGCGAGCGAACCCCCCGGAAUCUCCAGGACCUCGAUUUCACGCAAUCAUGGAUCGACCCGCAGCCAAUGCACACGAUGUCCCUCGCCGGGCAGCACCCGGGCUUCUUCACGCCGAACUCGGGUGGAAUGGGCGCCAUCUUUCACAACCAGGCUGGCGACCUGCACACGCCCACUAUGGGACUGAACAUGAUAACGCCUCUCUCCCUCUCGAACUCAAUUUCUCAGGGCCAGCCCAACGGCCAGUCUACAUUGGACCACUUCAAUCAGCAGUACCUCGGUCAGCAUAUGCCCGACAUGAACCCUUAUGUUCAACAACAGUCGUUCGCACCCAGCGCAUUCAUGCACCGCGAUUCCUACGAACCAAUGGAUGAGUCCGUGGACAGCGCAUCCCUCAAUGGCGUUCCCAUGGAUCAAGUAUCAACCAUAUCUACCUCCACGGACUAUUCGGUUGCAAUGAACCCGGCUUAUGCUGAAGGUGAAAAAUUCCGCUAUAAUGUCUCCUUGCGGGCCCCGACAGCGAUGGUCAAACAUCCGCGAGAAGUUCCCAUCUCUUACCUCAACAAGGGUCAAACAUAUAAUCUCUCCGUCACGGACUCCAACCCGCCCAUGAUUGGCUCCGAGCCGCUGCAAUACCGAACCUUCGUCCGAGUCUCAUUCGAGGAAGACGAGCAGCGUUCCAAGCCGGCAGCCUGUUGGCAAUUAUGGAAGGAGGGUCGCGGCACGAGCGAGGCGCACCAGCGCGGAGGCAAGCUUUGGGCAGUCGAAUACGUGGACCCGCUCCAAGGUGGCGACGACCAGAAGCACCGCCAAAUUCAAAUUGAGCAAACGUCUUUCGAUGGAUUCUGCGUUACUUGGACUGCCAAUUCGGCCACCGGCUCUUCCGGCUGUUCCAUUCCCGUGCGAUUCAAUUUCCUAUCAACCGAUUUUAGUCAUUCGAAAGGUGUGAAGGGUAUCCCGGUACGGUUGUGCGCGAAGACACAGCUCCUAUCACCAGGCGACGAGUCUGGAGCCUCCCGGGAGCCAGAAGUAUGCUACUGCAAAGUGAAACUUUUCCGUGACCACGGUGCGGAGCGCAAAUUGUCCAAUGAUGUCGCACAUGUGAAGAAAACAAUUGAGAAGCUCAAGCAGCAGAUUACGCAGGCAGAGAUGGGCGGCGGAUUCGGCAAGCGCAAGCGUGGCAGCAAUGUUGCGACAAACCUCAAAACAUCAGACCGGUCGAAGACGAAGCACAAGCGCUCGUGGUCCAUGAGCUCGCAGAAUGGACAGCCAGAAAAAUUGUCUCUGGAAGAUGAUCUGCAAGCCAAGCUGUUCAUGAUGCAGGAGAUGUUCUCUUCUACCCGCACUAUGAGCGUUCUCGCACUGCGCGGCGAUGAGGAGGAUGACCCUGAUCUGUACCCUGUUCGGCUGCCCGCCGAAGGCGAGUCCGUGAAGAUGGAAUCGCUCAGCUGCCAAAACACGGAGGCAUCGCGAUCAAUGGAGUCUCUCAUUCUCUCACCGACUAGCAGCAAUGUCUCUCUAAACUCGCCUCGAAUACACGCGAGCAAAUUGGCCAGCUUCAAGGAGCCAAAGUACCUGACGGCGGUGCAGCGGGUGUCACCGGGAGAUUCUGGUAUCUCCACGGGAUACAUUGAAGCCGUUGAUAUUGACCCCACAUAUCGUCCGCCAGCGGAGCGUCCACCCAAGCCGAUCGCAUGUUUCUACGUCCGCUUCGCUGGCAUUGAUCAGCAGCCCGACUACUACCGUGCCAUCUAUCUCACCGAGCGUACGGUCCGGGACCUGAUGAGGAAGAUCUCCGAGAAGCACCAAAUUGAUCCAACUCGCAUCGUGCGCGUUAUGCAUGUCACCCAGAAUGGCCUUCGAAUAAUGGUUGACGACGAUGUGGUCCGUGAGCUUCCGGAAGGACAAGACAUGAUCGCCGACAUUUACGAGUCCCCUGAACGCACACCCGACUCUUCGGUGGAGAUCAAAUUAACAUAUUGA